GUGCGCACUUCUCAAGCGUCUCUCAAAGAUGGCGGCCGUCCCCGAUCCACUGGAAGAUAUGCUCUAUUCCGAAGUGGACGAGAAAGCCGUCAGUGACCUCGUUGGCUCGUUAGAAUCGCAGCUCGGUGGACAAAACAAGUCAACGGACACCAGGAGACCGGGUUCGUCCUCAAACGCGAUAAAUCCACACUUGGGAAAAUUGCCGCCCGCCCAAGUAGGAACAACACUGGAGCAGCAGCGCCAGUCAGAGCAAAAUCCGGAGGGAAAGUCUGUGGAAAACGGUCCAGAUAGGAUACAAGCGUCUAAUUCAGUCACUUCCGCAUCAAACUUGUCUAGUAACUCCGUAUCUUUGGUCACGGCUACGAAUCGGACGCAAUAUCAUUCACCGGUAUCAACUUUAUCCGCGAGCUGUUCAAGUGACGCAGCACCGACAGACUCUCAUCCCAAUACCAGUACGAAUCACAUCCGCACGGUUCCCGCCAGAAUACAGACUGUGAACGGAAGCAGUGGCGCGUUGAACUCUUCUGUUAUUGCGUCUGCUCCCGCCUCUGUGGCGGGAUUGCAAGUUGAACCCAGACCCGGUAGUGUAAAUGGUAUUGACAUUGCUCCAGGUGUAGGUAAAAGCAACAUGUCUGCUCCUAAUAACCCAAAUACUGUUUUUGUGUCAGCUCAGCCCAACAGCACACUGCCACAAACUUUAGAUAGUCAAGCAAAUCCCACCAUUGCACUGCACAGGCCUCCUAAUGCCAUUGUACACAAUGGAGGUGACCCUAAAGUCUCAGGAUUGCCCGUGCAGGGUGCAGCAGUAGGUCUCGGGUCCAGUUCCGUGGCGUUUCCCAACACAGUUGCCAGUGAGCCCAAAUCUGACCCCCAAAGCCAGAUCAAAGCAGUUGUCCCGAACCAGCUUCCUGGUGGUCCUGUAGGUUUGCACCCCAGCACGCCCACUCAGAUGCAGGCUAGUCCAGUGGUUACCUCACUUCCUGUGGCAAGCACUCCCUCUGCCCUUGCAAAGCCUGCGACGACUACUCUUGUGGGGCAGCCUACGACCCUGUUGAGACCUGGCACACCAACUCCAGGGACGGCGACAGCUGUGACCCAGCAGCGUCCAGGGGCUCCUACGACCCAGCUGGUGGUUAGGCCACAGCAGCAAAACAUCCAGUUACCUCCAGGAUUCACCAUACCACCAGGUAUGGUUCUAGUACGUACAGAGGUGGGUCAGCUUGUGCUGGUUCCUCAACAGGUCCUGGCCCAGGUCAAAGCUCAGAAUCAAAAUAAGGGCACGCUGUCUCCAAGACCUGCUACACCGACUGCCACAACGUCCUUUAGAGUUGCCGCACCUGUUGCCCAGAAAACAGCAGUGGUAACAAUUACCUCGGCUCAGAAGCCCACCACCACAGUCAUUACAGCAGGGGCUCGCGUUCAGCCUGCGCCGCAGACGGUCCUAAAACCCUCGCUGACCCCGCAGAGUCCCACCACGACAACAGCUGUAGCCCCAGCAAACAGAUCUCCGGUCCUCUCUCAGGAAAUGCAAGAGAACGUAAAGAAGUGCAAGAACUUCCUAGCAACGCUCAUCAAACUGGCAUCCCAUAAUUCCCCCUCACCAGAAACAUCGAAGAACGUGAAGGCACUAGUACAAGAUCUGUUGGAUGCAAAAAUCGAGCCCGAGGAGUUCACGAAUCGCCUGCAGACAGAGUUGAAGUCAUCUCCACAACCCUACCUGAUCCCUUUUCUGAAGAAAAGUCUGCCAGCGCUGCGUCUUACUCUCCUGAACUCCCAACAGUCUUUAACCCAGCUCUCCCAAACCUCCAGCACCUCCACAGCCGUGACGGUGAACACCAUCAAGGCUCCGGCACCAAGCACGCUGACCUCCACAGUAUCUAGCAUAAGGCCGGCCACCAGCCUGGCUCCUGCUACCACUAUGGCUGUUAAGAGGCCUGGAGUCCAGGUGACUCCUACAAGAAUGCCGGUUAUGCUCACACAGACCGUCCGUCCUCAAGGUGCUGUUGGGACGCACUUUCAAGUGAGGACUCCCAUGGGUGUGGCUGCUCAAGCUUUAGCCAAUCAAAAACAGAAGCUCAAUGACCCUGGGGGCGGGACUUUCAGGGAUGAUGAUGACAUCAAUGAUGUGGCAUCCAUGGCUGGCGUGAACCUGAACGAGGAGAACGCCCGCAUCUUGGCCACUGGGUCUGAACUGGUGGGCACCCAGAUCCGGUCCUGUAAAGAUGAGGCCUUCCUCCCCAACAGCCUGCUCCACAAGCGUCUGCUGGAGACUGCCAAGAAGUUUGGCGUGACGGAGGUGUCAAUGGAGACGGUCACUCUGAUUUCUCACGCCACUCAAUCCAGACUGCGCUCCAUGCUGGAGAAGGUCUCCGCCGUAGCGCAACAUCGUGCAGAUUCCUGCAAAGAUGAGGAGCUGUACGAGCAGGCGUCGGAUGUGAGGACCCAGCUGAAGUUCUUUGAGCAGCUUGAGAAGAUGGAGAAGCAGAGGAAAGAUGACGAGGAGCGAGAGAUUUUGAUGAAAGCCGCUAAAAGUCGCUCGAGACAGGAAGAUCCCGAACAAGCCCGGCUUAAACAGAAAGCUAAGGAGAUGCAGCAGCAAGAACUCGCCCAGAUGAGACAACGGGACGCCAAUCUCACAGCUCUUGCCGCCAUUGGACCCCGCAAGAAACGCAAACUUGAUCUUCUCGGGGCUUCAGCAGGAGCAGAGUUACCUGCGGGUUCCUCAGGAUCGGCGACCGGCUCAACCUCAUCUUCUACCUCCUCAGUCCGGCAGACCCGUCAGCGCAUCACCCGGGUCAACCUCAGGGACUUGAUCUUCUGCUUGGAGCAGGAGCGAACCACAGCCAGAUCCAUGCUGCUUUACAAGGCCCUUCUGAAGUAGCAUCGACCCGAGCAAGCGCAGAUGUGCUACAGAUUAGAUGGAUGAGUUCAUCCGUGCUGACGGUACUCCACCUGCUCUCCCCUCGCUUUACUCUCAUAAAUACGCUCUCAAGUCUUCCUCUCCUUCCCCACAUUCAUCUCCAGUCGGUGCCUUCGGACUCACCUGCGGCAUGAACUCUACGAUCAGAGGCUGUGGGAGUCGCUGUAAAUUUUUUAAUACGUCGGUAUCCUGGAGAUGAGAGACGCCGUCGCGGAACACCACGCUGCGGACGGCGCGUUUUUCUUUCCCAGCUUUUAAUGGUUUUGUUUUUUCCCUUCGUUUCGGAUUAAUGAGCCAUCGUCGAUCUUUUUAUUCAUCGAUCUCUCGGAUUGGUUUUACGUUUCAAGAUUUGUUUUAUAUAAAUAGCGGCUGGACUUUUUUAACUGAAAGCCUCACUUGCAAUAUAGACACUGGAAAUGUAAACGCAAAGUUUUCGAGGUCUACCGAGCCGUCGAGCAUUUUAGUAACUUAUAAGUAGUGUGUCUUCAAAUCAUGCUUUGAGGGAACGUGUGGAUGUUGUUGUUUGUUUUGUUACUGAUUAUGCAAAAUGAAGAAACUCUGUGUUGGAAAACACACAAUGACUGGUUUUUCAUCCUAUUGGAUGGUCUUUUGAAAUUCAGUGACGGUUUGGUCUCGCACACUCAGUGUGGGGUUAUAGGCGCGUGUGUAUGGUUUCACUAGUGUUUCUGGUUUAAGUAUACUGUGAAAUGGUGCCUUACACGGCCCUACAGGGGCACCAUUGUUUUUAAUCACGUGAACGGCAUGGAAAUAUCUACAGUAACACACCAAUGCAUCACUUUAACAACAGUUUUAGAGCAGGAUCUCUGGUUAACUUAUUUGGGGACAAACAGCAGGUCAUACAUUACAUUAAUUCAAUGAAUUUUAAAUUUUAAGAAAAACUUUGAAAAAUAGGGUGGGUUCGACUGACUGCAGUAAUGUUUUACAAUACUAAUGUUAUGUUUUUGGUUUCUUUAUUUUUUUUUCACUGUAAAUUGUCAGAAUCUGUCACCGGGCAUUAUUUCAUGUCUCAUAUACCGAAUAUUUGUAUACUGCUCAUGGGAGAGGAUUUUACAUUUUGGCGUUUUACAGAUCGCGUACGUCGGGAGACCGUAACCUUCAUGUCGUGUGCAAUGAUUCCUUGCAGAUCUGAGGCGAAAUGUUUUCCAUCUUUCAGAUUUGUUUUAAUUCGUAUUGUUUGUGCUGAUGUUUGGACAAACAGUAUUGUUGAUUCAAGGGAUUGUCUUUUGUCUAAAAGAAGCAUAUCUAUUAGAAUUUCUAUUUUUGCUAAAUUUAACAGUUUUUGAAUGUUUGGUUGGUUUGAAAAAAGCGCUCAUCUCUAUUAAAAUUUGUACUUUUGUAAAAGAAUAAAGUUCCUAAUUAUACAUCC